AUGGCUUCAGUGUCAAGGUUGGCGAGACGCAAAGAUGCCAGUCGCUGGCCGACAAUGUCGUCAACUUUCUGGGCUGUGGUGCUUCUGACAGCUCUGCUGGUUCUCUUCUGCGGCCAGCUGGCAGCGGGGACAUGUGAGAUUGUGACGCUGGACAGGGACAGCAGCCAACCACGGCGGACCAUCGCCAGGCAGACGGCCCGCUGCGCCUGUAAGAAGGGCCAGAUCGCUGGAACUACAAGAGCCAGACCUGCCUGUGUGGACGCUGGUAUUGUUCGGAAAAAGCAGUGGUGUGAGAUGGUGCCAUGUUUGGAGGACGAAGGCUGUGACCUGUUAGUCAAUAAAUCUGGCUGGACUUGUACACAGCCUGGAGGCCGAGUCAAAACCACCACGGCUCUAUGACGCGACAAGAGUCCCCCUCGACACUCUUGCACUAUGGAGAGCAUUGAUGACCCC